AUGGAUUACGACCGGUACGACGCCUUUCUGCACCACAUCUUCAAGCAGACCCAGGGCGAUGCCUGGUUCCGACCCAACGAGGACAACAUUGCUGUUGGCGUCGCCCUUCGUGUCGACAAUGGCGAGUACCGCGUCUUUCCGUACGAGAACCUGGGCCUCGAACCGUUCGAGACCGCCAUUCGCGCCUUGAACCCUGCGGUUGCGGUCAAAGUUCGCAGCGCGGCCGUGCACGCCGCGUUUGCUGAAGUCGGCCCUCAGGACGCGUCCAUCUACAUAGACGCGAACACGCGCAUUCAGAUCUUGGACACCAUGUCGGACCUUCCCACGGCCGAUAAGGAACAACUCGCAGCGUUCAUUCGCGACGAGCGUGUCCUGUUAGUGUGGUCUGACUCCAUCGACAACAUCAUCCCCACAUGCCACGACUUCGAGGAAAGGCUCAUCAAGCUGCUCUGGCGCUCUCGACCGGGAGGAAUUGCCAGCUCUCAUCCGACCAGCUCGACUAGCCACCCUGGCAGCCUUGCAGGCUCGGUUUCUGGACAUUCUUUGCAACAGCUGAAUGCUCGCCUGUCCAAUGCCCAGACACAGCGGAACUCUGGUAUGGGUGCCGGUACUCCCACCCCUGGUACUCCUCGUGGAGUCUUCGUGGGCUCUGGAGGUGUGCUUGGCAUGAGCGUUGAAGAGCUCACCAUGGACAAGGAGCCCAUCGUGAAGGAGACGCCGGUCGGCUCGACCACGAAGGUCAAGCGUACGUGGUGGGGUGGCAAGAAGACCGUCGUCGUUGAGAGGCCAGAUGGGAUCGACGCGUACGCUGACGUCGAAGCGGGCCCCGAGCCGAGGCGGCCAAUGCUUCUCGCUCCCAUCUACAAUGGACUGGCAGCUGGUCUGAGUAUAUUCUUCAUCGGAAACGGUGUGAAUAUUCUACUCCAAGAGGUUCAGCUUGAUGGCAAUUUCAUCCGCCUGGCACUUGCCGCCCUGUUGCCGCUGUUCUUCUGUGUAUCACUCUUUUUCGCCCUCCAGAUUAUCCAGAAUGUCUCGAUGGCCCUCGGCCCGAUCGCGCAGUUCCAUAAGAACUCCAAGUAUUACUCAGCUGUCAAGCCUCGCCCCAACAAGAUCGUCGACAAUGCACUCCCCCACAUCACCAUUCAGAUGCCUGUCUACAAAGAAGGUCUCGAUACCGUCUUGGCCCCCUCGAUCGAGUCCAUCAAGAAGGCCAUGCAGACCUACGCUCGUCAGGGCGGAACAUCAACUAUCUUCAUCAACGACGACGGUCUUCGCCUCCUUCCUGUUGAAGAAAGAGACGCCCGAAUCCUCUUUUAUGCCAAUCACGGUAUCGGCUGGGUCGCCCGACCCAAACACGACAACGCCGCUGGGGGUUUCAAGCGUGCUGGUCGCUUCAAGAAGGCGUCGAACAUGAACUACGCUUUGGCGCUCUCUCUCAAGGCAGAGAAACAUCUCUCCCAACUCCUCUCUCAAGAGAAGGGCCCAAACGCCUCUGCCCCUGGAGGUAGCGACGAGCGUAUGCGCUACGGUAUGCAGUACCAGAACCAUGAUGGCGAAGAUCAAGGCUCCUUGCACCCGGGAUUCGGUCAGCGCGUGCGGACCUCCAGUGAGACUGGUUCGAACACUACCGACGAAUGGGACGACCUCGAGGAGAAAUCACUACAGAUGGCCAUCGACGAGGUCUACGAAGCCAACGGACGCCAGUUCCGACCUUGGGCUGCGAACGGUCGUGCUUGCCGUCUAGGCGAGAUCAUCUUGAUCGUCGACUCCGACACCGUCGUUCCAGAAGACUGCCUCCGGGAUGCUGCGCGCGAGAUGGCGGAAUGCCCCACGGUCGGUAUCAUCCAGCAUGAGUCCGAUGUCAUGCAGGUCGCGCAUCACUACUUUGAGAACGGCAUCGCGUACUUCACCCGCAGGAUCAACAGGUGUAUCUCGUUCAGCUGCGCCAAUGGCGAGGUUGCGCCGUUCGUGGGCCACAAUGCUUUCCUGCGCUGGAAGGCGAUCCAAGAUGCGGCCUUCAUUGACCCUGCAGACGGUCUGGAGAAGAUCUGGUCGGAGUCAAACGUGUCUGAAGACUUCGACAUGGCCUUGAGGCUUCAAAUGCGUGGUUAUAUCAUUCGUUGGUCCACGUACUCCAAGGGCGGCUUCAAGGAGGGUGUCUCUCUCACCGUCGACGACGAGUUAAAUCGGUGGCAAAAAUACGCAUACGGCUGCAACGAGCUGCUCUUCAACCCUGUUUUGCAGUGGUGGCGCAAGGGCCCGAUCGCGCACCAGAUCCACAGGUUCUUGUGGUCAGCAGCACCUCUGCAUUACAAGUUCUCUAUGAUGGCGUACAUGUUCUCGUACUAUGGUAUCGCCGCCUCGAUCACCAUCAGUAUCUUGAACUACAUCUUGCUCGGCUUCCAGUUCCCCAUAGACGGCUUCUACAUGCACAGUUUCGAAAUCUGGCUGGCUACCACCGUCGUCUUCAUUGGAUCAGGAAAUGUUGGCUUCACUCUUCUCGAGUAUCGUCUCGGCGAGAAGUCAAUCAUGUCCGCGCUGUUCGAGAACAUCCUGUGGAUUCCGUUCUUCUUCUUCUUCUUCGGCGGCCUGUCGAUCCCGGUGACCCAGGCGAUCUUGGCGCACACCUUCUCGUACAACAUGACUUGGGGCGCCACGAAGAAGGAGGUUGAACGUUCGAACUUCUUCAAGGAGGUGCCAAAGAUCUUCAAGCGAUUCUGGUUCUCCUGGCUGGUGUCUUGGGUCGUCGUGCUUGGAAUGAUCAUCCUGAGCACGUCGCUCGUUCCUCUCGAGUGGCGCAUUGACGGCUCGGCGUGGGCUGUCAUCUUCCCUCUCGCUGUCGUCGUCGGAUGCCACAUCCUGUUCCCUAUUGUCCUGAACCCGUGGCUCAUGAUCUUCAGUUACUGA